GAGGAUGCGUGCAAGCCCUCGAAUCUUGAAAUCAAUCGCGUUGUUACUCCUCCAUUUCCCACAAAGCUAUUGUACAUCUUAACGACUUGACGACAUCCACGGCCUCUACGCGACUCGAGCACAGAUCCCAGCAGGCAUCAGCACACGAUUACUGAUACCGCAGUAUCGAUUCGUUCUCAUGAGUUAGAACGCAACCCUUCUUCAACCACCGCAACGAUGGGCGGCCGUUAUAGAUCCCUUAGUGGGCGAUACGUCGAACCCGAAAAGACGGAAAAGCCGCGCAAAUCUUUCGACUCAGCUAUCUCAGACGAUGAUUACCUCGCCAGCAGUAAUGCGCCCAUGUUGGGCAAGCAUAAAUCCAAACCCACAUACGCCUACCACCUUCCCCGAAGGCGCUUUACCCGCUACUUUACUCUUGCCAUCACCAGUCUGCUCGGGUUAUUCGUGUGGUGGCUUGUAAGCUCUUCAUACGCUGCACGAGCAGAAGUCGAGCUCGGGCUGCGAAAACCUCCGCCACCACCUGCAUUCGAGGGCUUCCCGUUCCUCAAGAGAUAUCAUGGCGGGAUAAGGAGCUUGGUGUCGCGAGCAGAGAACGAGGCGUUCAAGGAGUAUCCUGUGAGCGAAGAUGAGGAGUUGAAGAGGUUGCAGGAAGCGGCGUUGAAGCAGAAGGAGCUUGAGGACAAGGAAGUGGAGAGGAAGAAGGGUUUCAACAAGAGAGAGAUCAAGCAAGGUCGACGAUUCGACCCUUAUUCGAGGGCUGUGGGGAGAGGCAUACAUGAAGAGCCGGUGAAGUGCUAUAUCGAUAAUACUACACGAACGACGGUGCCAUUGCUUUUGAGCUACGAGGGCGUUCCGAAAGGUUUCCCAGAUCCGAUUUACGGAAGCUAUGAAUUGCUGGGGCUUAGAUCCGACGUGUGCUUUGAGAGAUACGGGAGACUUGGGCCAUAUGGCUACGGCUACAGCAAGAAAUUUGGAGGAAGCGGUGCGGGUAUGGAGGGCGAGAAGGAAGGAUCUGAGCAGGUUUGGGGAGACGAGCUGGAGAUCGAUUAUCGAAAUGUGAAAUGGGCAGAGGUGCAAGAGAGGUGUCUUCAGGCGAACGCACAUCGAUACAGAACUGCAUCCAAAGCUGGACGUGACUCCUUCACUCAGAUGAGUGUGGGUGAUGCGCAACGACCCAAUCCAACGCAAGAGCAGAAGACUCUCACAGUAAACGGGAAACAAUUCGAGAAUCGAACUGCCUUCAUUAUCAGAACAUGGUGGGACUACCAGUACGAUGAUGAGGACCUUUUCUACCUCCGAGCGCUAAUCAACGAGCUGUCCAUUCAGACUGGAGGCGAAUACACAGUACAUUUCUUGAUUCAUGUCAAGGACGACAACAUGCAAAUCUGGUCUGAUGAAGAGACAUACCAAAGAGUACUGCGCGAAUCUCUUCCUGCGGAAUUCCAAGGCAUGGGCACACUUUGGUCAGAACGCCAGAUGGGUCUCAUCUACGGCGGUCUACACGAAUCUUUCUAUCGCGACUUGCCAGUUCACGGCGCAUAUCGAAGCACGUAUAUGCCUGUACAGUAUUUUGCACAUAUGCAUCCCGAGUACGAAUUCUUCUGGCAUUGGGAAAUGGAUGUACGAUACACGGGUAACUUCUUCCACCUUUUCAAGCAGGUCUCUGAAUGGGCGAAGAAGCAGCCUCGGAAGGGAUUGUGGGAACGAAAUGGGAGGUUCUAUGUUCCGUCUGAGCACGGCAGCUGGGAAGACUUCCGCCACAUGGUACGCGUGCAGAUUGAGCAUGGCACGGCGCAUGGAAGUGGGGCAUACAAUAAAGCGCCAAAGGACGCAGCGAAAGCCCAUCCUCUCGAUGAAGCUGCGAGACAGCCUGAAGCGCCGGUUUGGGGACCUUUGCCACCGACUGGGGAGGGUGACGAGACUGACCGCCCGGAGCUUGAUCCAAAGCCACCGACCACUUACGAUGCCGACAAGUACGAAUGGGGCGUUGAAGAAGAAGCAGAUUUCAUCACGUUCAACCCUCUGUUCGAUCCUCACCAAACGAACUGGAUCCUUGCGGAAGAUACCACUGGAUACAACACGACUGAAGGACAGCCGCCUCGAAGAACCGCGAUCAUUACAGCUAGCCGACUGAGCAAAAGACUGCUCGAGACGAUGCAUCGCGAAACGUCUUUGAAGCGACACUCCAUGUUCUCUGAAAUGUGGCCUGGCAGUGUCGCCUUGCACCACGGCUACAAAGCCGUCUACGCACCUCAUCCAGUGUACAUCGAUCGUGCUUGGCCAACGAGCUAUCUUACAGCCAUCUUCAACAACGGACGAAACGGCGCCAGCGGAGGUGCAAGGACUUCCGUCUUCAGCGACGAACGACAAAUCAACUUCCUUGGAACAACCUGGUACUAUCACGCGGGGCAUGCGCCGAAUCUUUGGAAGAGGUGGCUUGGCUUCAAAGUUGAUAAUGAUGGAGGUGAAGAGUGGGAGAAGGCGAAUGAGGGGCGGAUGUGUUUGCCGCCCAUGUUGCUGCAUCCUGUCAAGGAUGUGAAUUUGAUAUAUGAACAUCGUGAAGGCGAGUAAUUCUUGCUGUGGAUUGCAAGCGAUCACAGAUUUGCAUAGCGAGGUGUUCUUGGGAGAUGGCGGUGCUGUCGCCGGCCCUUUUUGGAUAGCAUGAAUGCAGACGGGAUAUACCUGUUGGAUGCCAGAGAGUUGACAUUGCUCGAACUGGUGCAUUUAGGUGUAUAUACGACUGUAACAUUGUACGACCUGUUUAUCCUUCGUUCGCGAGGGCUUGAAACAUGCUCAAGUUGGGUUGUGGCUCGGACAAUGGUUGAGAUGAGACUU